ACGCCUGGGUAACCUACGCGACAGGCACUGCCAAGGGCUCGCCCGGGCGGCCGACGCCAUGUACGUCGGCGCACGCGUUUGCGUCAGAACGCGACCCCGGAAGUGGCGCUGCGCCGGAGGCGCUGGUGCCGCCGGGUGGUGCAGAAAGGACUCAGGGCAAGGCAGCUCGCGCGGCGCCCUGCCGCACAGCCCGGCCGCGCCAGCAUGUCGUACAUGCUCCCGCACCUGCACAACGGCUGGCAGGUGGACCAGGCCAUCCUCUCGGAGGAGGACCGCGUCGUGGUCAUUCGGUUCGGGCACGACUGGGACCCCACCUGCAUGAAGAUGGACGAGGUUCUGUACAGCAUAGCGGAAAAGGUGAAAAAUUUUGCCGUUAUUUAUCUUGUGGAUAUUACAGAAGUACCGGACUUCAACAAAAUGUAUGAGUUAUACGAUCCAUGUACUGUCAUGUUUUUCUUCAGGAACAAGCACAUCAUGAUUGACUUGGGCACAGGCAACAACAACAAGAUCAACUGGGCCAUGGAAGACAAGCAGGAGAUGGUCGACAUAAUUGAGACUGUGUAUCGUGGUGCCCGCAAGGGCCGGGGCCUGGUGGUGUCCCCCAAGGACUACUCCACCAAGUACAGAUACUGAGGCAUGUGCCGUGGCCUGCGUGGUGCUGUGGGGCCCCUCCCUGGAAGGGCCCUCACCUCUUAAGAGCUGGAGGGUUGAGGGUUACAUGCCUUCACUAGCUGAAGCAAAUAAAUACCUGAAGGAGCA